AUGGGUCGACAGAAGGAGCUGGUGAACCGCUGCGGGGAGAUGCUGCACAUCCGCUACCGGCUGUUUCGCCAGGCGCUGGCUGAGUGCCUGGGGACCCUCAUCCUCGUGGUGUUUGGCCUCGGCUCCGUGGCCCACAUGGUUCUAGGAGGUAAAAUGGGGAGCUACCUUGCUGUCAAUUUGGGUUUUGGCUUCGGAGUCACCAUGGGAGUGUACAUGGCGGGGAACAUCUCUGGGGCCCACAUGAACGCGGCCUUGACCUUCACCAGCUGUGCGCUAGGCCGCAUGUCCUGGAGGAGGUUUCCCGUGUACGUUCUGGGCCAGUUCCUCGGCUCCUUCAUGGCGGCGGCCACCAUCUACGGCCUCUUCUACACCGCUAUUAUCGACUUCUCGGGGGGAAAGCUGACGGUGACUGGCCCGACAGCCACUGCUAACAUCUUUGCCACCUACCUUCCUGACCACAUGACACUGUGGAGGGGCUUCCUGGAUGAGGUGGCGGUAACUGGGAUGCUUCAGCUGUGUCUCUUAGCCAUCACAGAGAAGGGGAACAACCCAACUCUAGCGGGGACGCAGGCCAUUGUGAUCGGCAUCCUCGUUGUCAUCAUCGGAAUAUCCUUGGGCAUGAACUCGGGAUAUGCCAUCAACCCAUCCCGGGACCUGCCUCCCCGCUUCUUCACCUUCCUCGCUGGCUGGGGCUCACAGGUCUUCAGCGCCAGGGACUGGUGGUGGGUGCCAGUAGUGGCACCGCCCCUGGGUGCCUACUGCGGGGCCAUGAUGUACGCGAUCUUCAUCGGUUUCAACAAACAACAGGAGCCCCAGGUCCUGGAGAAUCCCAAGAUGUCUGAAGACCGCAGAAUAUCUGUGUUGCCCAAGACCGUGUCUCACCAGCACGGGGUCUCUUCCCUCACCCCUGUCUCUGUGUACCCCGAAGACAGACCCUCAGUCUUGCACCACCCUUAA